AAUCCCGACCCACUUCCGAAAGAAAAUAAAUAUAUACCUCUCAUUCGCUAAUAAAGACCCCUGUCUUUCAAUUUUUAGGGUUCGAAACAAUGAUAACUCUAUCCGAAAGAAAAUAAAAAGUAAAAGGGUAAAACCCCUGUCGUUCAAUUUUUAGGGUUCAUAACUCAAUUUAAUCUAUGGCAACUAGAAGCAGCAGGAAGAAAUCCCUGGGAGGUGGAGAUGGAUCUCCUUCUGAAAAUGGUGAUUCUAAUUGGCUACCUGAUGGAUGGAAGGUGGAAUUCAAGGCCCGAAAAAGUGGUUACAAUAAAGGAAAGAGAUACAAGUGCUACGUUGAUUUCCAUGGACACAAGUGUUAUUCUAAGUCGCAAGUGUUGGCUUAUCUUGACAAGAUUCACACUGAUAAUAAUGCCUUUAUACGGAUACCUGAUGAAGCUAAGCGUGACUGCAUGAAAUUUAUGGCGCGGUAUCAAGAAUGGGGGAUGAGAAUAUCUAAGAGAAGAGAGCAAAGUUCUGAAAAAGUUAUAGUACGUAAGAUUAUCAAGGUACUAAACUAUCAUGAGAUAUGUGUGGAAUCGGAAAUGCCGGACAAUGACUGGCCGGAUUGGCUACCUGAUGACUGGGUUUAUAGUAUCUUUAAGGCCGGUGGAAAAAAAACCAAAUGUUACUCGACUCAAGGAGCACCCUCGUUUAGGUAUAGAUAUCAAGUGUUGGCUUAUCUUGAGAAGAUUGGUAGGAAAGAAGCUCAUGAGAACACUGAUGAUGCCAAUAGAUCAACUUUAGACUUGUCAAUGGAGCCAGAAAAUGAAGUUAUUGGAUCGUCACCUGGAGAACCGCCUGCGAAACUGGCAACUAGAAAUAGCAAGAGGAAAUCCCUGGCGAUGCAGGGAGCCGAAGGUGUUUCAGCCAGAGAAUCUGGAAGUAGCAGUGUGAAAGAAUCUGGAGCAGUUGAACUGCCCUGGAUUAUAUUUUGUUGUGCCGUCGGGGCCCUUUAUUACAGAAAAAUCUGGGAGGAAGACCCAAAAGAUGAGAAGCUAAAGGAAAAAUUGGAAGUGGCCGAGGAAAAUGUUCAUCAUAUGAGGGAACGCUUCCCGAAAGGCGUGCCAGAAGACUGGAAUUACCACCAUGAGACUGCCAGCAACAUUGUCUGCAGGAGAGAUGGAGAUAGUGGAGGAGAGCUGAUUUCUAUUGCUACCGCUCUGGAGGAAAAGAUAAAUGAGAAGCGUAACAGAAAGAGGAAUUGUUGUUAUAAGCAAUCUGAUCGCGAGUUGCGCCGGUUCGGGGCCAUGCUAAAUAGUCAAUGGGAAAGUUUUCGUAAGAAACUUCGUGUUGAAAAUUUGCAUUUUAGCACGAAUGAAGCGGAGUUCAUUAAGACAUUUGAAGCUUUUGGCCCAGUGGAGGAGGUUCAGUUCCCAAAGGAUCCUGAAACAGGACAUUGUGAAGGACUUGCGCAUAUUGAAUUUUAUAAACUUGAGCAUGCAAAGGCAGCAGCACAAGGUUUAAAUGGGUCACAGAUGGCUGGGCAGACUAUUAAGAUAGAGUCAUAUGCUGAUUAUCUUAAGGCACUACCCCAGGGAGCAAAAGCAGCAGCUUUGGAGUAAGAUGCCAAAUUCAAAGGUGCAGUUUGAUCAUGUUGACAUCUCUCCGCCACACGAUAAUUUCAGCCUCAAAUUCAUUGCCAACUUUUGCUUUUCUAGGUUAUUUCCUUGUGUGGGGUGCAUACUACAGUUCCGCUUCAUAUGUAUGAUGAUCCCUAAGUUGUUCUUUUGGCCUCAGCAGAUCAUAUCUAAUGUUGAUGAAUCUAUCUGAAUUUUAAUUUAGAUGAAGUCAAAUAUUUUGAAUGGUUGUGGUAUAAAUUUUCUCUAAUUACCAAAUUCAACUUUGUGUUUAA